AUGGCUAAUCGACUCGUCACCGUGACGCUCGCACGUCGCGCCCUCCAUACCACUCCUGCAAUUUGCUCAUCGGCUGGCUUCUUUGUGCGCCCCGUCAACGCACCUACCUCGUCCAACGCUUCCUCCGCGCCACAACCCAGGCCGAUUCGUCCAGUAGCACAGGUACACACACCUGAACACAUUCCUGCCGAACAGGCGCCCAACUUCCCCACAACAUGGUCCGAGUCCCAGAACCCAAGGCAGAACGCCAUGAAGGGUCCACGUUUCGAACAGCUCGACAUGCGCUUCCAGCCCCAACCGCUCGCUGCCAUCGAGAUGAUCCAGAGAGAACCCAUCCGUCUUUCGAGUAAGCGCAUUGCCGCAUGUGACGGCGGUGGAGGCCCGCUCGGUCACCCCAAGGUGUUUAUCAACCUCGAUAAGCCGGGACCUAAGCCCUGCCCGUACUGCGGCAUUCGAUUCGAGCUGGACCACGCGGCCCACCACUAG